UUUGGAAGAAAAGAUGUUAAUAAUAUAUUUUUAUGAAUUUCUCAAAUUUCUCCACAAAGCCAGAAUGGAAUGCUACUCCUUCCUGGGAUUGCACAGAACUUAUCUGUCAACUAGCACAGACUUACUGAUUCUGUCCUUCAUUACAGCAAGCAACACAAGGCCUCAAUGGAUUUUGAGGGUGGGAAGACUUGAAGAGUUUCUCAUAUCCUAACAUUGCCAAGUUUUCAUUAGAAACUAACGCCUUAAUGCAACAGGAACAGGAAAACUCAAAGGCAUGCGAUAAAGCUUCAGAGAGCCUGAAAGCCGAGGAAACUAAAAGCAAUUCUCCUGAGCAAACCAGCCUUCCAAAAAAUAGUGGAAACCCAAGCAGCAGCGAAGAAGCCCAGGAAACAAUCAAGAAGAGGAGGAGACGUUCCUCAAAGCUAGAGAUAAGGUCCAAGCUUAUUAAAAUCAAGAGCCAGAUUCUUAAGAGAGGGAUUUCUUCUUUUUAUAGUUCAUCGAAACAGCAGAGAGGAAGCGCUCCUAAUAAUAGUAGCAGAAGAUCCAGAUACAUUGGAAUCUCUAAAAAUAACACUCAUUGGCAAGCUUUGAUCAAUAUCGGAAGGACCAAGAAGUACAUUGACAUCUUUGUGUCUGAACAAGAGGCUGCCAGGACUUAUGACUUGUAUGCUAUUGCCAUCAAAGGUGUUAAAGCCGGCCUAAACUUUAAUUAUACUGCUGCUGAGAUGAUAGAUGGAAUCGAUCACUAUCUCCAGCACGGAAAAGUGAUGAUUUCUUCAUAA